AUGAACGGUUCAUCGACAAAUUUUUCAAUCGUAUGUAUCGUAAAAAUGAAGUCAGAAAAUGGUCCCACAAUCCCAUUCAGUUCUGAUACGCUUGUAUCAAUACUUUCUCACAAUCUAGCAGCAAAUUUAAAACCCCAUCAAGUUUUAGAGCUCAUCAAAAAGCUGUCCGUUAAUUUAACUGGUCAGCAGAAAAUAAAUUUACUCGAACAUCUCCUAGGUUUAACUUCGAUUGGACAUUUUGAAAGCUUACGCUUAGCAACGCAUCUCCAUUCAUCGUGUCAACGUAUGCCCGAUUGUUGUGACUUUGUUACUUGGUUACCAGCGGAAUUAACUUUACGAAUUUUCUCUUAUCUAUCAUGGAAAUCUUUGACAGUAUGUUCAGAAGUCAAUAAAAGUUGGCUAAAAUACGCUCGACAUCCUGAUUUAUAUCGACACUUUUGUAUGCUACCAAAAUGGUCCUCACCUAUUCUAAGAAAACCACAAUUAUUCAAUUGUAUAACAAAAUCCAAUGAAUAUAAUUAUCGUGUACAAGAGGAAAAUUCAAAUAAUUUUAUAAGCAAUCAUUUAAAUAUUAAUUGGUUAAAUGUAUUCAAGAAACGUGUGUGUCUAAGACGUAAUUUUCGUUUGGGCAAACAUCGAAUACGUAAAUUUAAUGGACAUAGUGGAGCUGUUUAUUGUAUUGAUUGCGAUGCUUAUCGUAUUGUUAGUGGAUCAGCUGACGCAACAAUACGCGUAUGGAAUAUUCGUACAAAUGCGAAAUGGUCUGUUCAAACACUUCGUGGACAUUCAGAUGCUGUUCGUUGUGUACAGCUACUAUCCUUACCUCAUUACCAAUCAAAUAAUAAUAAUAAUAACAAUAUCGAUGGUUAUUGUUCCUCUCCUCCUGUACAUUGUAUUCACGAGUCAAUUGCAUCAAUACCAUGUUCUUUAUGUAAAUUAGAUACAACUGUUACAUAUCCUAAUUGUUGGGAACCACCCGAAGUACUAUUAAUAUCUGGUAGUGCAGAUACUACUUUAAAAUUAUGGCGUCUUUCUGCAACAUCUAAUUGGUCACGUAUUGCAUGCACAUGUACAUUGCAAGGUCAUACUGACACUGUAAGAUGUGUACAGGCUGAUCAUGAAAAAGUUAUCAGCGGUUCAUAUGAUUGUACAAUACGGUUAUGGAGUAUAAUCAGUGGUCAAAUGAAAAGAAUUUUCCGAGGUCACUCAGCUGGUAUAACGUGUUUAGUGUACAGCGGUAAUUUUUUAUAUUCUGGCUCUUUAGAUAAUACAGUUCGGUAUUCUUGGACACCAAUUCACUGGACAAGUUCCAAAAUCAGAACACGGUUGAACAAUAAAGAAAUUAUAUUCCAAAUAACAAGGGUAGAUGGAAGUAAGAAGCACAAUAAGAAAAACGUUAGUAUAUUCAUAGUUUUUUACACGAGAGGAUUACAGAGUGUUCUUCAAGUAUCGACGGCGAGACUCUAAUUUAUAGACGAGCCAACCAGAAGCGUUUGAGCAACUUCAAGGUCAUGGGGCCAAGUUCAACACCUGAUGCUCACAUACGAUCGGUUUACAGCGGAUUUUAGAGAUGAAGUGAUUAUUAAGAGGCUACAAGAGAUGAGACUACUAAAAAGUUCCUAUACCUGUGACUGUGGUUAUCAAAUGGCUGAAGUAAAGUGUGCAGACUACCGUGAUGAGAUUGUAUUUCGUUGUUCUUUAUGUCGGACGAAAAAGCCUGCUCGAACGAAGACUUUCUUCGCUCGAUCGCGACUGAAACUGAGGCAGAUCAUGAUGAUAGUUGCAAAUUGGAUAAUAAAGACACCAGUAACACUGGCUGCGGGGUUUGCAGAUGUUACUGAAACUUCAGCAGUUCAGUGGUAUGAGUAUUGUCGUGAUAUAUAUGCAAUUAAAAUAACACGUCUACACCAAUCAUUCGGAGGAGUAGGAUGUAUUGUAAAGAUAGAUGAAACAGUAGUGAGAAAGCGAGAAUACAAUAGGGGACAUAGUAUCAAGGAAGAUUGGGUAAGUAGCACUUCCGUAAAUAUACUUGACAGGUAUUUGGAAUUUAUGAUCGAUCAGCGCAAAAGGGGCAUUUUCAGAGGGUCAGAAACCGGAAGCAAGCACAAUAAUACCAAUUAUACAGGAAUACGUGCAGCCGGGCACUACAGUAUAUACGGAUGAUUGGAGAGCUUAUAGAUGCCUACAUAGACUUGGGCAUAUGCAUCAUGUCGUAGUGUACAAGCACCAUUUCGUCGACCCUACAACCGGCGUUCAUACUAAUAAUAUUGAAGUUAUGUGGUCCAAACUGAGGGAAUUUUUAAAACCCUAGCACGGCUCUAGGGGACGACUAUUAUGGAGCCAUAUGGACGAGUUCCUAUAUCGUAUGCAUUAUGAUUUCAGAACAUCUGAACCUUUAUCGAAACUUAACAAGCUUUUUAAUCAUGUAAAAGAAGAAUAUCCACUGUAAUUCAUUAGUUUCUUAUAAUAUAUUUUUACUUCAUACUCCUGAUUGGCUAAUAAUUCUCAAGGUCAUUUAAGAUUCGUUCAAGGUUCGUCCAUAAAUUAGAGUCUUGCCGUAUCGACUAGCGCUGAUUGGCUAACUCUUAUUCAAUCAGCAAUCGUGCAUUGAGUAUGCUUUAAUCUAAUAUAUGUCCCGCUAACCAAUGCAUAAUGGAUUUAUUUACCAGGAAUCCUUGUGUUUGCAUGGAGAAUUAUUUUAUUUUAAUAGUUUUUAUCUACUCUGACUAUAGUAUAUUUUCCAUUUUUAUAGAAAACAUUGUUGUUGUUAUCGAUGGGUUAGAUUAUUUGAAUAGUGUAAUGAGAAUGGUUAAGAUUAUCACAACUAUGUGGUAUAUUAGCGAAAUAUAUUUCGAACAAUCUGAUCACACAUAUAUUUGUUAAUAAUAUUUAUAUAUAAAAAUACAAAGGUCAACUAAACAAAUGGGGUGCUAAGAGAAAACAAAGAUAAUCAAGAAAGUAAUAUGAAAAACAAUGUGAAACUCAUCAUGGUGGAUAGUAAACUAAUAUUACCAGGCUAGAUUACGCUAAUAUGUCAUAUAGUUCUGAUAAUCUUGAUCUUCUCAUUACACUACAUAAAUUUAUCAAAGGUUUAGAUUAUUGUUAAUUUGUCUGACUUGUUUUGAAUCAAAAUAAACUAACCAAUAGGUAAUAUUCGAACACUGUGUACAAUGUACACAAAUAAAACAUCAGAUUCAUAAACAUAUAUUAUAUCUAUGAUCUUAAGUAAUAAUUCUUAUUAAAACAACUCCUCAUAUUUGUUGUUGAUUGUAAUUGGUACAGCUGUCAGUUGGUUUUAAUAGUAAACAGAUUUUUAUGGGGAUUUUCUCUUAAAAAAUGUAUAAUAAGGCUAUUUUAUUUGUUUGUCUAUUUGAACACAUAAAUAUUGGU